AUGACAGGGUAUGUGGCGACUCGAUGGUAUCGAGCACCCGAAAUUAUGCUCAAUUGGAUGCACUACUCGCAAACAGUCGACAUUUGGUCUGUCGGAUGCAUUUUGGCAGAACUCAUCACAGGACGAACAUUGUUUCCAGGCUCAGAUCACAUUGACCAAUUGACACGCAUAAUGAAUAUAGUUGGAACGCCGAACGAGGAAUUUCUGGCUAAAAUUCAAUCUGAAGAGGCGAGGAACUAUAUUAGGAAUCUUCCAAAAAUGCCACGAAAAGACUUCAAGAAACUGUUUGCGACAGCCAGCCCCGCAGCUAUUGAUUUAUUGGAGAAGAUGCUCCAGCUCGAUCCCGACUACAGACCAACCGCUGCCGAGGCGAUGGAGCACGAGUAUUUGGCUGCCUAUCAUGAUGCAUCCGAUGAGCCAACGUCGGAGGUGUUGGACUUGGAUGAAGGUGUGGAGACGACAAAUAUAGAUGAGUGGAGGAGAUUGAUAUGGAACGAGAUUGAGGAUUUUGCGGCUCACAGAGACUUGGCUCCUCAGACACCCUCAUCAACCAUGGAUGAGAGCUAG